GAGCGCAAGUGCUUUUCCUUGACUGUUGACGCUUUCUCGUGACAGUUCCAGGACUUUGGAAAGUGGCUGCCGGGUGAUUUAUUUAUUUUUUUUACAGUCUUGCGCACUCCUCCAGUACGUUCCAGAGAGUGGAGCCGCUAUAAAAGGAGAGCCGCGGGAGGGGUGGGCCAUUGGCUCCUUUUUUUGGUGCUUUGGACGUGGACGGCGAUGCGCCAGCCGCUGGACAAGUUGCCGAGCUUCUGUUGACUUGGAUCGGACAUGGCGGAGGGAGACUUUUACACCGUGGGCGGGCGGCAGAGGUUCCCGCGCGACCCCUUCGGCGAGUCGAUGGCCUCACGCUUCCUGGCGGAGGACGACUUUGGCAUGCCGUCCUUCCCGGACGACCUGUCCAUGGACUGGCCCGGCUGGGCCCGGCCGGGCCGGCUGAGCUCCCGCCUUGGCUCGUCGACGCCGCCCUUCGGGAGCGGCCUGCGGGCGGCCUUCCCGGAACGCCGGCGGUCGCAUUGUGGAAGUGUCAGAUUUGUUGUCCUCUUCCCGACAGGAAAACAUGAAGAGAAGCAGGAGGAAGGAGGAAUCGUCACAAAGAAUUUCACCAAGAAGAUCCAGAUCCCGACGGACGUGGACCCCCUGACGGUGUUCGCCUCGCUCUCUCCCGAGGGCGUGCUCAUCAUCGAAGCUCGCCAAACGCCGCCGUAUUACCUCUUCAGCGACGACGCGCCGCCGCCGCCGCCUCCACCUGAGGAGGACGCCGACUCCGCCCUGAAGCUCCAAGAGGCGGCGGUGCACUAGACAAGCACCGCCCACUCUCUUCUUUACCUCCAUUGUAGCAGAUGAUAGGAAAUGUUUUGAUUUGCUUUUUUUAAACAGGGUUGCACGUUGUUGCGCAAUACCAUGACAUCAUCCAAAGAAUUGAUAUGAACAUUUUGGCGCCACUCCUUGCUGUCAUGUGUCAAUGUGU